CCUGGUGAAUGGUCUGAGAAAUUCGUCCCAUUUCACGAGCAGUGCUCUUUGUUCUUUGAUGAACAGCCUUGUCCUGGAACACAGGUACAGAAGGCAGUGAUAAGUAAGAUACAUCAGAAGUUUAUUUGUGUUGUGGUUGCGGAAGGAGGAGGCGACAAAUACACGUUUCUGUGUUUGAAGACCUGCCAUGAAUAAGUGAAGAAUGGAGGGCUGCGACAACAUGCGAAGUCGAAUGAUUUUACAAAGAGAUUUAGCGGAAGUCACGUGACCGUAGCUGUCCUCUCGACCCCCAGGAUCUCCGAUUCUCUGGAUGGACUACAUUGUGGACUGAAAACCUGCCUGUUGGUUAUACCUCACGGCUUGCAAGACAUCAGAAUUUCUUUGGUUAAGAUUUCAUCAAAACUACACAUGUCGAGUGUGAAAUGGCUCUUAUUUCUGGAAAAUAACACUUCCUUAGAGGAGUUCUUUACCGACAUUAACAUCCCCUUCGACUGCGAGUUCCUGGUGGCUCAGCCAGAAGGUGGCCACGUCGUCGGUUUGACCGAAGUGUACCGUGUUAGCCCCAAACUUCCUCUGCAGACAUACCGUUUCGGCAACUGGACUCCUGAUGGCGGCCUUACCUGGCCAACAAUGAAACUUUAUGAGAGGAGGAACCAUCUUCACGGAAUUACCCUCAAAACAGGCGCUUUGCAGUCAUUCGUUUCCUUCAGAAAAAAUAAAGCUGUUUGGAACUCGAUAUCACAGGGAUUCUUCAUGAAGCUAUGGCCGCUAAUAAGACGGGAACUGAACUUCUCAAUUCACCUCUAUGGCAGUAAAGACGGCGACAUUACAGAGGGCUUCAUGACCCCCGACGGCUUUUGGACUGGGGUCUACGGCUUGCUUCAGAGGCGUGAAGUGGAGCUCGCCUUUUUGCCUAUCACGAUGACAUCCUCGAGGAUUGAUAUUAUGGACUUCACUGUACCAUUAAUGGAAAUGAGAACAUCAGUGAUCAUCAAGGAACCAGACUCGUAUGAAAUGCAGUGGAACUCAAUUUUGGUGCCAUUUACUUGGCAGCUCUGGAUUGCUGUUUGCGUUGUUAUGGUACUGCUUAUAGUUUGCCUGGCAACUACACAUCGGUUGAACUGUCACUAUGAAAACGUCGAGGAUAAGGAUUUCGGGUUCAUGGAAGCAAUUUUUAUUGUUUACGCUGCUUUAUGCCAACAAGGACACAGCGACACUCCCAACUCGACUUCCGUCCGAGCAGUCUUCGUGACGUCGUACCUGACCGGAAUGUUCCUCCUCGGUUGCUAUUCAGCAGCCUUUAUCACUCACCUCACGCUGAGGGACCCUGUUUUGCCCUUCACGGACUUCAAAGGGUUGCUCGAGGACGGCUCUUACCGGCUUGGCAUGGCUCUGAUCAGCGCUCAGCUUGAGUACUUCAAAAACUCAAGUAACGAACUACUGAGAGACAUCUACUGGAAGAUGAUUGCUCCACAUGAAGCAACUCUUGAACUUACCGAUUUUCCGGGACUACAGCGACUUUGUUACGACAGAAAUUACGCUCACUUAGCGUCUGAUUAUAUGCUCGUGUUGCCAGGAUAUUUACCACAGUGCAGCAUUACUCUGGUCCCACAAGCUUUCUACCCUGGGACGAUGGCACUCGCCACAGUGAAGAGAAGCCCUUAUCUGGGACUUCUGAAUUACAUGCUGCAGCGGAUGAGACGCCAUGGUCUCCUCAGGGGCCUGUACGAGCGAUUCCUAUUCAAACUGCGACUAGCCACUCAACAGGCCCAGGAGAAGAAGAAACUGUCAGUGGACCUAAGCGAUGUAGCGCCUGUCUUUCUCACCCUGGCGGUUGGAAUUGCCUUCUCAUUUGCUUUGUUCCUCUUCGAAUUCUACAUCAUGUGAUUUUCAUUGCGUGGACGAGGAAGUACGAGUGUUGUUUGAUUCUAAGGAAAAUACCAUUUCUUCGGCCGAGCGUCUUUAAGUAUGGCUCUAAAAUUUUAUUUAUGAUGAUAUAAUGUAUUAAAAUAAAUUAUCGCUUUACAGUCA